AUGAUAUGUUAUCAAGCUAUACUAACUUUUCUACAUCUACUAAUCCCUGUAUAUUCUGAAACUCCAAAAACCACUUCAGUUACCGGAACUCUAACCUGUUCAACAGCCCUGAACGAAGUCAAAAUUCAAUUAAUGGAUCAAGAAGGAGAAAAGGAGAUUGCGAAGUCAGUUCAGAAAAUUUUCGAAGUAAAAGGAACUGUUGAAAAAGGUCAUGAAACGUAUCUAAAAAUCACACAUAGUUGUGGCACCAAAAGUCUAGAGUGCAAAAAAGUGUCAAUUUAUCGAAUUCCAAAAUUUUACAAUGGACAUGGUGAACCCUAUAAGAUGGGUGAGAUCAAUUUGAACAUUCAUGAGACGUUCGAGAUGGAAGAAUGUGCAGAUCCAGAAGCGAUCGAAGCCGCAAAACAUUCACUAAACGGCACAUUUUUCGAUCAACCUGGCUUUAUGAAAGAUCCAUUAGAAGUUGAAAGCUGUGACGGAAAUGUCGCAACCGCGUCGCAUUCGCAAAUCCGCAACAUGACACGAAAGUUGGAAGAACUUGGAGUGCAGUUGAAAGCGUUGACACCGAUUAUGGUUGCGGCGAACUUUGCGAAUGACGCGUCGCGUAAAAAAUUAUAUUAUCGCGUUGUUUAUGCGAUGACGGAUUAUGUGGCUGAAUUGAUGGACUCGGGGAAAUAUAUGGUGGUUAAAAGUAUUGAUGUUUGUUAG